UAGCUCUACAUCUCAAGUGUCACCACUUUGCUCUCGGAAGUUGUUGUUUACAAGUUUUCCUGUAGAUAUGAGGAGGAUGCUUUCUGAUCAUUUUUAGUAUUCGCGAUAAUGAUAUCAACCACAAGAUGUUUCUUAAUAUACAUUGACGUAUUUCCCUAAUGCAAAGGUGGUAAAUACAGGAUUUUCGUCAUGGCAUCUUUCAUACUCAUCUCUAGUGGUCCCCGUUUACUUGGCUUGUUCAACACAGUCCCGUUCGAACUAGGUCGGACAUGGAAACUCUUACCGUUAUUCCGAAGCUCGUCAACAAUAAGCGUUAAUUACAAUGACAUUGAAAAACCAGCUGCUGAUAGUGUCUAUGAUAAUGCCAAGCCCUUUGACGAGAUCCCAGGACCCAAAGGUCUGCCUUUCUUGGGAACACUGCACCAAUACAGAGGACCAUUUCAAAAAUUUAACAUAGACCAUUUCCAAGGUGCCUUACAUGACCGUUACCAGAAAUAUGGCCCCAUAAUGAAAGAAACUAUAGCUGGUGUAACCGCCGUCCGCUUGUUUGAUCCAGACUAUGUUAAAAUUGUAUAUCAGAAUGAGGGGAAGAUACCACAUGUAGCUCCACUUCUGGAUACAACACGAUUGUACAGGAGUCAGAAAAAUAUGUCUCCUGGCCUUGGAAACACGAAUGGCAAUGAGUGGUACAGACUAAGGAGUGCUGUACAACAGAUGAUGAUGCGUCCCAAGGAGGUCACUGUCUAUCUCCCAAAUGUUCAGCAGGUUGCUGAGGAAUUUGUCAACAAAGUAAGCAACUCUCUUCGUAACAAGGAUGGACAUGUACACAACUUCAGGAAAGAACUUGCAAAGUGGAAUUUAGAAUCCUCGGGCAGCACCUGUUUUGAGACAAGUCUUGGCUGUCUGGAAUCGGGACCAGGAUCUUGGACCGAGAAGAUGAUAACAGCCAACAAUGAUAUAUUUGCUCUCUCUACCAAAAUAACAUUUUCUGUUCCUUUUCACACACUGUUCACAACACCAACAUGGAAGAAGCUUGUUGACGCAGAAGAUUUCUUUUUCCUGAAUGGUCAAAAGUUAGUGGAUGACACUGCACAAAAGAUUGAUGAUUUGGUGACCAAAGGUGAGAUGGAUGAGACAAAGUAUAACUUCCUAGCCUACCUCCUCAGCAGGAAGGAACUCAGCUACAAGGACAUCAGCAUUAUAACACUGUCCCUGUUUGGAGAUGGAUUAAACACGACUGUGCCAGCAGUAAUCUUUGCGCUGUAUUGUUUGGCAAGGAACCCUCAUGCACAGCAGUUGGCAUACGAGGAGGUGUGUAGAGUCAUUCCACAGGGCGAGACCAUCACACCUGAUAUGGUAGCACGCUUGCCUUACUUAAAGGCAUGCGUCAAGGAAUCCUCAAGACUUUAUCCUAUUGGCCUGGACAUCAAAAGAAUUCCACAGAAGAAUCUAGUUGUUGGAGGAUACCAGGUGCCUGCAGGGACGAUUGUGGAGCUGGUCCCAUAUGUGAUGUUCCGGUCACCAGAACAUUUCUCUGACCCUGAGCAAUUCAAACCAGAGCGAUGGAUGAGGGAUGGGUCUGCUCUGAACAUUCACCCCUAUCUUCUGACACCGUUUGGUCAUGGGCCAAGGAUGUGUGCAGGGAGACGAUUUGCGGAGCAGGAGAUGUAUGUAUUGUUAUCCAAACUGCUUCGGAAAUUCACCAUUGGUUGGGAAGGCGAUGAGCUGGAACAGAAAUUUCAGAUGCUGAUGGUACCAGAUAAGCCAGUUACAGUGUCAUUCAAGGAUCGUCAGUGAGGGAGGAGAGAAAUCCUUUAGAGGAUCGUCAGUGAGGGAGGAGAGAAAUCCUUUAGAGGAUCGUCAGUGAGGGAGGAGAGAAAUCCUUUAGAGGAUCGUCAGUGAGGGAGGAGAGAAAUCCUUUAGAGGAUCGUCGUGAGGGAGGAGAGAAAUCCUUUAAAGGAUCGUCAGUGAGGGAGAAAUCCUUUAGAGGAUCAUCGUGAAGGAGAAAUCCUUUAAAGGAUCGUCGUUGAGGGAGAAAUCCUUUAAAGGAUCAUCAGUGAGGGAGAAAUCCUUUAAAGGAUUGUGAGUGAGGGAGAAAUCCUUUAAAGGAUUGUCAGUGAGGGAGAAAUCCUUUAAAGGAUCGUCAGUGAGGGAGAAAUCCUUUAAAUGAUCGUCAGUGAGGGAGAAAUCCUUUAAAGGAUCGUCAGUGAGGGAGAAAUCCUUUAAAGGAUUGUCAGUGAGGGAGAAAUCCUUUAAAGGAUCGUCAGUGAGGGAGAAAUCCUUUAAAGGAUCGUCAGUGAGGGAGAAAUCCUUUAAAGGAUUGUCAGUGAGGGAGAAAUCCUUUAAAGGAUUGUCAGUGAGGGAGGAGUCUGAAAGAUCAUAAUUGAGGGAGAAAUUUAAAGGAUUGUCAUUGAGGGAGAAAACCUUUAAAGGAUUGUCAUUGAGGGGGGAAUUUAAAGGGAGGGUGGAAUUAAAAAGGGUUGUUAUUGACAGGAAUGUAAAGGAUUGUCAUUGAUGGAGGAAUUUCUGCCUACCAGUACAUAUUAUUAAAAAUCUCAAUCAGAUGUUAUCUCAUGUGAUGAAAUUUUAUCAAGGAUUACUUUGGAAAAAAACUCUUGUUUGAUAUGUUUUUACAUUCUGUUUCUUUUCAAACCAAUUCCAUGUGAUAAAUGUGAUACCGUUUUUACCAUCACACUACACUCCAUAACUAUAUUCAUUUAAUUUAAAGAAAUGUAGUGUUUAAGUAGUCUAUUAAAUAGACUGAUGUUAUACAUAAUAUUGUGUUUCCUAAUAAAGAGGUUGUUGGUUGUUUUAAGAAACCAAAACGCAAAUAUUAUUUUUGUAGAGAGUGAUUUAUGUUGUAUUGAUUCAGUUGGACUUGAUUGUCUUUAGAAAAGGAGUCAUUUCAGUACAUAACUGUACAGGUUAUGCUGAUAGAGCAUUUGAUCUUAAAUCUAUCAGUAUUGUGUGUAGAAAGUAAGUUUGUGAUUGUCUAAUUUGAACAGCUUUCAUGCGAGAUUUAUUGUUUACUUUUAAUUGAUAAUUUCCUUGUAAUAACAGGUCUGUAUCAUAGUGUAUGACUUGUAAUAACAGGUCUGUAUCAUAGUGUAUGACUUGUAAUAACAGGUCUGUAUCAUAGUGUAUGACUUGUAAUAACAGGUCUGUAUCAUAGUGUAUGACUUGUAAUAACAGGUCUGUAUCAUAGUGUAUGACUUGUAAUAACAGGUCUGUAUCAUAGUGUAUGACUUGUAAUAACAGGUCUGUAUCAUAGUGUAUGACUUGUAAUAACAGGUCUGUAUCAUAGUGUAUGACUUGUGAUAACAGGUCUGUAUCAUAGUGUAUGACUUGUGAUAACAGGUCUGUAUCAUAGUGUAUGACUUGUGAUAACAGGUCUGUAUCAUAGUGUAUGACUUGUGAUAACAGGUCUGUAUCAUAGUGUAUGACUUGUAAUAACAGGUCUGUAUCAUAGUGUAUGACUUGUAAUAAUAGGUCUGUAUCAUAGUGUAUGACUUACUUGACUGUUUGAUAGCCCCAAUGCUAAACUUGACCUUUACACCCUUGCCUUCGUUAUGUGUUUUAAUGGAUACAUCAUAUAUGAUUUGUAUUUUAUUUUAAGCGUGUUUUUUAUAGGAUACAACAUGCAUAAUCUCAACAUCUUCACCGCAUAUUUCCCGGUGCUCUCCUUGAUAAGAAAUAAAAUGGAUGUGGAACUUUAUUGUACUGUAACUGGGAGAAAUACUGCAUUGAUAGCAUGAUAGUGAUAAUUUAUAUCUAUGUAGGAGCAGCUUAACACCAUACUGUACAGCUAUAUAACCCCAAAAAACCACAAUUCCUGUAAAAGGCAAAGCUCAUCAUUUGUGCAUAAUUUACUGUAUUUAUUUCAUAUAUAGGGGAUAGAUAUGCAGCAUUAAAACACAGUUUUUUCUUUAAAUAACAAAGCUGUUAUCAAAUAUUGGUGCAAAUAUUACAUGUAUAUACAAAUGGUAAAAUCAAAUGGUUUAAAGUCAAGGUGUAUCUAAAUAUGGAAUGAACAACGGCUUAUAAAUUUUUGUGAAAUCUGAUUACUCACUAGGAUUCAUUAAGAUUGGAAUUUCCAUAAAUAUGAAAUGUACAUUAAAACGUGAAAUAUUUGUGGUUACUUGUUUUAGUGGUUUGAAGCUGUUUGGAUGACUUUGUGGUACAAACUGUGGUUGAUAUCCCAAUAUAGUAGAUCAACUGAAUUUGUAUUCAUUUUCAUGAUUCAGCCAUGAAAACUACAAAUGUUUAAACAAUGACAUUUUUAUGUUGUUCAGUAUAACUAUGUGUUAAUCCGGUCAUAUAUAAACUGGUGGUCUGAUGUUUCUUUACUCUGAGGUUACAUUGUAGUAUUUUACUUCCCUACUGUGAUACGGAAGUUAAGGAGUUGUACCCUGUGUGACAGGGAUCAGCAAGAAACAUACAUGUUGCCUGGUAUUUACUGAAGUGACCAUUCUAACAGUUUCACUGUGGCUUGUUUAGAUCAAUUUAAAAGUUUUAAAAAAUUGCCAAAAUCACAUAUCAGCAUUUUUUCCUAGUCUAUUAUUUUUUACAAAUAUUUUAAAAAUUGUUUGUGGGAUUUUUAAGUCCAUAAGAUAACUUUUGAAGAUUUGAAGAUACAUUUUGUAUUUAUACUUUUGUAUGUUAAUGUGGGGAGGAAACUUAAUGAGGAAGGAUAUUAUCCUCCCUUCCAUCUCCUAUACAUAAACCAGUUACCACUACAUUCUAUAUAUACUAGUGUUUUAUCCCAGUAUAUAUAAUUAUAUACUAGUGUUUUAUCCCAGUAUAUAUAAUUAUUCAGAUGAUUACCUGUGAUCAUUAAUGCAAUACAUUACUUCCGGUUCAUAGCUCGAUUUUACAGUUACAUUUACUUUUAUGAGGUUAAGCAGAUUGACUAAAUGGUUUGUAUGUAAUCAAGAGACUAUUUCUAGUUUCUGUGUUGUACUGGAACAGGAUUUGUACGGAGAGUUAUUUCCCUUCUACGUUAUCCCGGUUAUGUAUGUCCUGUGAUAUGUCGACAUGCCUUCGAAUGUAUAUGAUUUACUGGUAUGUUGUAUUAACAAACUGUUGAUUCAUGAAUAAGUGUGGAGGGUUUAUCAGAUUCCAGCCUCAGUUACCCACAUCAUCUUCUACUGUACUGUAUCAAUUAAUUUGUCAGUAUUAUUAUCUUUACCAUAAUAGUCCUCCUGGUGUCUGGUCCUGUGGUCUCAAACAGUUGUACAUUUUUAAUUAUAUAACCUCAAUCAUGUCACCAGGAAAUGCAUUGAUCCAACAUCAGGCUACAGGUUCAGUGAUAAUCAGUUUAUUUAUGUUGUUGCUAUUUUUCUAGUUUUUCCAUGUUAUUAUUUAGUAUAAUAGAUAAAAUCUUGAAUUUCUACCCAGAAAAGUAUUAGUUUCAAUGUACAUUUCUAUACUCAGAAAAGUAUUAGGUACUAGUUAUAAGUCUUUUGAUCUGAUAAGAAAAUAUAUAUUAUUAUUGUUCUUGAUGAUUAUUGUUUUGUUUUUGAACUUUUCUCAGAUUUGCUUACCUGAAAAUGAUUAUAAAUAUGUUAACUUUAUAAUGAUGAUGUAAGACUUAUAAUGAUCUAUGAAACUAGUCAAAGCAUGCUAGUUUUACUUAUUGUUCUUUGGAUGUACCACUAAUAUUUUCAAAAAUUCAGAAAACAGAUACAGAAACAUUACAACUUAUUAACCUUGAUUUUUCAUGAAUUAAUAUUUUUGUGACCAGUACCUACUACUGUUGUAAUUUUGAAGUUUCUUAAGAACAAGAUAUCAAAUUGGUAUGGCCUCAUUUAUAAGUAAUUCUGACAUUGAACUGCUUGAUCAUUUUAAUGUGCUCAUGAAAAGCUUCACUUUUUAACCUGGUCACAAAAGAAGGCUCAUUGAUAGAGAGUAAUAAAAUUAAGCUAAUUACAGACUUGGCCUUAUAUAUUGAGAUAGUUUAUGUGAUUGUCAGUUAAAAUUAGCUUCUGAUAUGGUCUAUGUAUUAAGUACAAUUGGCCAUCACCUACAUCAAUGAAUCUUAUCUGGUCAUCAGGGUUCAUAACUACAGCAAUAGCUCAAGAUUCUCAUUUGUAAAAUAAAUUAAUGAAUCAUUCCAGAUACAUGUCCAAAUGAAAGGUUUGAAGUUUCUUUUUUUUAAUUUGUCCAUAGAACAGCCUUGUUCUAUCAAUUCCCUGUACUAAAUACAUAUGCCUAUGGUUUAGUAUACAUAUAUAAUGUUACUAUAACAAAACUAAUACAUCCCUGUAGACAUUUUCUGAUAAAAUAAAUACAUUUAUAAUGAUUUUUCUGUGAUAUCUUGGGUGUAUUGACAAUCAAAUAUUUUCAGUUUUAUCAGAUGAACAGACAUACCCUGAAUCUUGUAUGCAGAUUUGUGUUGUUAAAUAAAAUCAAAGUAAAACUAAA